UGUUUUUAUCUCCAAAUCAAUUAGUUUAUAUGUCCCAAACAUUAGUUGUUUCUUAUUUCUCUACAUUAACAACGGAACAAAUUAUUUUUAUCAAGAAAUCAUUCUACCAACUUCUUUUUGGAAAGAAAAAUGAAUUCAUCCUACAAAGUAUAUUAUUUUGAUGUUCCUGGUAAAGCUGAGCCAAUACGCAUGCUUUUAAGUUACGGAGGAUAUCCAUUCGAAGAUGUGAGAUUUGAGAAGUUAGUUGAAUGGCCCAAACAUAAAAAGAAUAUGCCCUUUGAACAAGUACCUGUUUUGGAAAUUGAUGGCAAAAAACUAACACAAACCGUACCACUUACUAGAUUCUUAGCGAACCUUGUGAAUCUUGCAGGAAAAGAUUAUGAAGAAAAUUAUGAAAUUGAUUCUACUGCUGAAAUUAUUGGAGACAUCUAUAAUAGUGCCUUGGACUUUUUUUUUGAACGCGACGAACAUAAAAAAAGAAAUUUUGAGAUUAAAAUGCAAUCAACAUUGUCUCUAUUUUUGCCAAGUCUAGAAGAACGUGCAAAAAAAAAUGGAGGUUUCAUCGCACUAAACAGGUUAACUUGGCCUGACCUUUGUUUCACAACUUAUUACCAAGAUAUCAGAAAUAUAUUGGGAAAAGACUUUUUGCAUGAUUAUCCAAAUCUUCAACACGUCAAAAAACAUGUAUUAGCUGUAGAGAACAUAAGAAAUUGGAUAAAGAGAAGACCAUUGGAUCCAGCAUUUGCAUACACAUUGAAAGAUGAUUUAUAAUUCUUUUUGUAAAUGUCUAUAGACAUAUGAUGAAUUGAAAAAGGAACAUAAUGUAAAUCGCCAUCACCAAUGUUUACAAAUAAUUUCCAUUAAUAAAGGGUUGAUAUAAAUAAUGUGAAUGUCCCGUCACCUUUUAAACCCUUUAAACUAUAAUCCAGAAUUGUUGGAAUCAUAUUUUGAUUAUUGUUUUAUAUACCUUCAAUGAUUAUUUGAGGAAAAUCUGAAUAAAAAUUUGAUUGUUACUCGUAUAUAGGAUAACAUCAUUUAUCGAUUUAGUCAUUUAAGUUGGCUGGCUCUGAAAUAGUUCUUUUGGAUUUCUUUAGAACUUUUUUCUCGGUG